AUGUCAGAGUCCCAAAGAAUCCGCGACUUUACACCAAAGUACAAACAGCCGUUUACGAUGGAGGAGGCUGUCGAGCUUGAUUUGCACACGCUUACAAUGGAGCUGGCUCGUCUUCAAGAUUCGGUAAAUAGACUCGAGGAUACACAGAAGUCUCUUGCAGAGUUUCUGGACGCCUCGGCCGACAAGGACGAGGAUCUAUCGACAGCGUACAAGGAGAAUGUUGACGUUAUCGAAUGA